AUGCAUUGCCUCUAUUCCUUGGCGUGUUGGUUCUUCCUCAUCUUCGUCUCCAACGGGGCUGCUGAGGAACUGCAACAAGAUUCUACAGGCAUCUUGGACUUUGGUCUAGUCUUUCCACGCAAUGAGUCGACCUUCGUUCCCUCUUUGAUGACGCCUUUUGUUUUCUCAUUCCGAAACCCCGAACUUUUUCCUACUCUUCAACCUUAUGCUAUCUAUGAGAUCUACAAUUACAGUAAUACUAGCCAAUUUAUGUUUGAUGGCAGACUCGACACAAUCAAUCUCAAUCUCUCGGCCAACCAUGAUCCUCACCUCGAAGUCCGUUACCAUCGGUACUUGGAUCUCGAAGGCAAAUGGCUUAUGAUGCUCACUACUGGCGUUCUCAAUUGUGUCGAGGAUCGCUAUCACUACUACAACGAUUCACACUAUAUUGACGCCAACUAUACCAAGACCAACAUUACCUUCACUACAAAGGGCCCUUCAGGACAGGUCGACCUCGCUGCUGAGACAAGCGACAAGAAUUGUUCAUCCCCAGUCGGACUCGCCAUCGAUGUCCAAAACACGAUCAAGGUCCCGGAGGGUGAUGUCCGUGCCGACGAGAUGGUAGCAGGGAUCUGCGCAGUCGAGCCUCUGGUAACUCGGACAGACAAGUGUGUCGCCGUGACGCCUGCGGCUGCAUCAAGCAUCGUCGCCGAAAUGACUUGGCGGGUCGGAGAUCCCGGAAAGUUGGGGUUGCAAACCACUGGAUUGGAAAGAUGA